AUGCUCAAUUCUGAUUCCCGCCGGCGUGGUGCAUCGGAGUCACUGAAAAGACACGCUUUUCCGGUCAUCCAAGCAAAAUCCACCAAAAAAGAGUCAAUCUUGCCAGAUAUCAUCUACACGGCCCUGAAAGCGAUAUCCAAGGUAUCGGAGGGGUGUCCGUUCCCGCCAAUCGUGUUCGCCGCACAGCUGGCUGUGGAUAUUUGGGACAAAGUCGUCGAGAUCAAACAGAACAAAGCGGGGUUCAGGAAUUUAGCGUAUGCAGCAGGCGAUACUAUCAAAACUAUAUGGGAUGAACUCGAGCGGCAAGUCGACAAAUCCGGAACGAAGAUAUCGGACUCUUUCGCGCAGAGUGUCGACGACUUAUCAAGGGUCGUUUCGUCGAUCCACGACCUUGUGUGCGACUACGCGGGGCGCGGGUUCUUCCAGAGGCUGUUUUGCGCCAACAAUGAUCUGGGAUCCAUCGCGGGGUUUCAGCAAGAUUUAGAACAGGCGCGAAAAAACUUCGAGCUAGUGGCGAUGGUCGGCAUCCGAGCCACAGUCGAGCGCAUCGAACAUAAUCAGCACCACCCGUCUGGCUCCUCGCCGGCCCAAGGACCCUUUGCCAACAUGACCGUGCAUAACACAGGUGGAGGCACGUUCAACAAUGUCGUCGGCAACCAGUACAACGAUUUUGCGACAGCUAUAUCGUCACGGGGGAACCAUACGAAUCCGAAUCCGAAUCUACGGGCUAACUCAGGCUCCGCGUAUGGCAAUGGCGCGAAUUGGCGGCGGCGGGGCGAGGCUAUGAGGGUGAAAGGUGGGCUGUACGCCUUCCCUCUUAGUAACACGUUCGGAAAACUGACCAUAUAUGACUUUGACAGUACAAAGAAAGCACGCUCGAUAUAG